CUUCGCGGGCCACAUGAAACCACUUCGCGUGCCACAUCCGGCCCCCAGGCCUUGUGUUUGACAUGUCUGACCUAGCAGUUAAAGGAAAUGAACAACAGAACUCAUUAAAUCAUCUGGAUCUGCUUAAUAAACUUCAUAAGCUGCUCAUCUAGAAAUAAUGAAUGGCUAAAACAGCCACCACCGUGUCCAAAAUCCCAGGUUGCAGGGGGGCAUGGGAGGUCAAAAACAGUGGUUGCAUCUACACAGUGAAAGCUCCCUCUAUUUUUUACAUAAGUCCAUCAGAGUCCUAGCUGUCUCUGGACUUUUUUGAACCCCAUGUUCCUGUAAAGGUUUCAUAAUUAGGAAGUGCAGGUAGUCCUCAACUUACAACUAUUUGUUGAGUGACCGCUUGAAAUUACAACAGCACUGAAAAAGAGUGACUUAUGACCAUUUUUUACACUUACAACCGCUGCAGCAUUCCCAUGGUCAUGUGAUUGAAAUUCAGAUGCCCCUGGCAACCGGUUCCUAUUAAUGGCAGUUGCAGUGUCCCACGGUCAUGUGAUCACCUUUUGCGACCUUCUGACAAGCAAAAUCAAUGGGGAAGCCAGAUUCACUUAACAACCGUGUUACCAACUUAACAGCUGCAAUGAUACAUUUAACAACCCUGGCAAGAAAGAUCAUAAAAUGGGGCAAAACUCACUUUACAACUGUCUGGCUUAAGAACAAAAUUUGGGGUCUCAGUUGUGGUCAUAAGUGGACGACUACCUGUACUGUCAUUAAAUGCAGUGCUAGAGAAAUCUCUUGGUUGGCCCUGAAAGAGGAAGCGGACUCCCCCCUGGGGUGGGACUUGUGUGCUCCAGAGCCAGUGUGGGGAGGGAAACUAACACAGAGGUGUCGGUUUUACUUAAGGGGGAGUGAAAUUCACGUUUGUGUGGGGGGGGACAACCCUAAAGAGAAAUGGCACCCCACAAAAGAUGCCACUGCAACCAAUUCUUACGGAAAUCCUUUCAUUGGCUGGUUCACUCAAUGACUCUCUGAACUGCAGGAUGACUUCGCCCUAGAGAAGUUCUGUAGAAACUCCUGCUUGAGUUGGCUCUUUUCUGAAAACGCCAAAGGCCUCGUGCGCUGCUCCCCUGCACCGCAUGCUCCGGCCCAAGGCUUUAGUCCUCCUGGGGGAGGCAGGCGUGAUGCGGAUGGAACGUGGAGCGCCGGCUUGAAUAAUUUGGUUACAUCAAAGCAAGUCACCUGUUGCUCUGAAAACGUGCAGACAAACUCAGCCAGUGCGAUUCCAUCUCCCGGGGCUGCCAGAGCCCCGCCCACCCUAACACACGCCUGCCUGCCUGCCUGCCUGCCUGAAAAAGGAGCGUUAGCCCCAGCAGCCGGGCGUAGGGGAGAGCUUCCCUUCCCUUCCUUUUUAUUUGGGCUGUUGGAGUGUUUUCUGCUUGUCCGAACCAGUUAGACUUGCCGCGCGGAGAGGAUAACCAAGUGGCUGAUUAAAGUGAGCUCACUUUCAUCACUUACCGUUCAGCCUGCACAAGCACGAGUCCCGGGGCUUCUGGUAAUUCCGGGGGCCUGCCCUGCUCCUGACCCGAACUCUUGUAUCUCCGGCAUAGUGAGUGAUGUUGCGCUGGAAUUUCCUGUCCUAAAUCGCUGCCUCUUCGGGAGGACCCUGCAAGAUUCAACCAGCAAACAAACAAGUAGUUCUGAUGAAGGUGGGCACCUCACAUUUUACAUGAAACACUGCAAAUGCACUGACCUGUGGAAAACAUAAGUGACAUUUGCUCUUGUUGGAACUGCUGCUAAAAUCUCAGCCAGAUCAGCAACUGCAGCAUCAUGAGCAGGGAUACAAACUCUUUAUCUGUCAGAAGUAAAAGUGCAUCAGAAGAAACACUGUACCAUCAAAAUGAAGAAGAAGCGGUUCUCCAAGGAACGGACCAGUAUCGUGUUAGGAGAUUAUCCUGUCGUAACCUCCAGCUUCCUCCUUUGGCAUUUAGACAGCUGGAGCAGGUAGACUGGGAGAAAAAGACUGAUCCAGAGAUGGUGCAGAGGCCCACCAACCUUCCACUGAGAACUCUUCCUCUAAUUGCUAUUACUGCUGCAGACACUGUCAGUUUCGAUGUAGACAAUGGCACCUCAUCGGGACGGAGUCCCUUGGAUCCCAUGACAAGCCCUGGAUCAGGGCUAAUUCUCCAGGCAAAUUUUGUUCACAGUCAACGCAGAGAGUCCUUUCUCUACCGGUCAGAUAGCGACUAUGAUCUGUCGCCAAAGUCUAUGUCCAGGAACUCCUCUAUUGCCAGUGAUAUACAUGGAGAUGACUUGAUUGUGACACCGUUUGCUCAGGUGCUUGCCAGUUUACGUACUGUACGGAACAAUUUUGCUGCAUUAACCAACCUUCAGGAUCGAGCACCUAGCAAACGGUCACCCAUGUGUAACCAACCAUCCAUCAACAAAGCAACCAGAACAGAGGAGGCCUACCAAAAACUGGCCAGCGAGACCCUGGAGGAGCUGGACUGGUGCCUGGACCAGCUGGAAACCUUGCAGACCAGGCACUCCGUCAGUGAAAUGGCCUCGAAUAAGUUUAAAAGAAUGCUCAAUCGAGAGCUAACCCACUUAUCUGAAAUGAGCCGAUCAGGCAAUCAAGUCUCUGAAUAUAUAUCCAACACAUUUUUAGAUAAACAGCAUGAAAUGGAAAUCCCAUCUCCAACACAGAAAGAAAAAGAGAAAAAGAAACGGCCUAUGUCUCAAAUCAGUGGAGUAAAAAAGUUGAUGCACAGCUCCAGCUUAACAAAUUCUAGCAUCCCCAAAUUUGGAGUCAAAACAGAUCAAGAAGAUAUUCUAGCUAAGGAGCUAGAAGAUGUAAAUAAAUGGGGCCUCCAAGUAUUUAAAAUAGCCGAAUUAUCUGGGAACCGACCUUUGACAGUCAUCAUGUAUACAAUCUUUCAGGAACGGGAUUUGCUAAAAACAUUUAAAAUUCCACCGGACAUCUUAAUAACCUAUUUGAUGACGCUGGAGGACCAUUAUCAUGCAGAUGUGGCGUAUCACAACAAUAUACAUGCUUCUGAUGUUGUACAGUCAACACAUGUGCUUUUAUCAACCCCAGCUUUGGAAGCUGUUUUCACGGACUUGGAGAUUCUAGCUGCUAUUUUUGCCAGUGCAAUACAUGAUGUUGACCAUCCUGGAGUUUCAAACCAAUUUCUUAUCAAUACAAAUUCUGAACUUGCCUUGAUGUAUAAUGAUUCAUCAGUCCUGGAAAAUCAUCAUCUAGCUGUUGGGUUCAAAUUAUUGCAGGAGGAGAAUUGUGACAUUUUCCAGAACUUGACAAAAAAGCAGAAGCAAUCAUUGAGGAAGAUGGUCAUUGACAUUGUGCUUGCCACAGACAUGUCUAAGCAUAUGAAUCUAUUGGCCGAUUUGAAAACAAUGGUUGAAACCAAGAAAGUGACUAGCUCUGGAGUUCUACUUCUUGAUAACUAUUCAGAUAGGAUUCAGGUUCUACAAAAUAUGGUACACUGUGCAGAUCUAAGUAAUCCAACAAAGCCACUCCAGUUAUAUCGCCAAUGGACAGAUAGAAUAAUGGAAGAGUUCUUUCGUCAGGGAGAUCGAGAAAGAGAAAGAGGCAUGGAAAUAAGUCCCAUGUGUGAUAAACACAAUGCAUCUGUAGAAAAAUCACAGGUGGGUUUUAUAGACUACAUUGUUCACCCUCUCUGGGAGACCUGGGCAGACCUUGUCCAUCCAGAUGCCCAAGACAUCUUAGAUACUUUGGAGGACAAUCGUGAAUGGUACCAGAGCACAAUCCCUCAGAGUCCUUCUCCUGCACCGGAUGACCAAGAGGAGGGUAGACAAGGACAAACUGAAAAAUUUCAGUUUGAACUAACUUUGGAAGAAGAUGGUGAAUCAGACACAGAGAAGGACAGUGGAAGUCAAGUGGAAGAAGAUACCAGCUGCAGUGACUCCAAGACUCUUUGCACCCAAGACUCAGAGUCCACAGAAAUUCCACUUGAUGAACAAGUGGGAGAAGAAGUGGUAGAGGAGGAAGAGGAGGAGAAUCAGUCAGAACCUUGUGUGCUAGAAGAACAGUCUCCUGACACGUAACAGUAUGCUAACUGCAUAGUUCUCUAUACUCUCUCCUUUUCUGUUUUUAAAAGCUGAAAAUGGUUUCCAAAGUGCAUAUCAUACGGCACAACCGUGAUCAUGCCUCACUGUCAUCUGCCAGAGUUGUUUGUUGAUCAAAAACUUAGUUCGGCACUCAGGAUUAGUGUGACCAGAAUUGUUCAUCUCCAUGGUACCAGAGAAUGAAGGAAAACAUCUGCAAAGAACAGUUGAAUUAAGAGUUCAGCUUGGCUGAUAUGAGAAACUGACAGUACUCACAGCUGUUUUUCAAAAGGAGGAAAGGCUGGUCCAAAGCUAAUGUGAGUGUGUGUGUGUGAGAUUGUAUGUGUGUUUUGUAUUAGGUUUUAAUUUCAUGAAGAGGCAAUUAAUAACAUACAAUUAAUGAUUAACACCAGAAUCUAAAGAAAGUGACCAGCAAUUGAAUCAAGUUGUCUAGUGGAAAAUAAAUGCACUCAAAUAUCGGGAUACAACAUGAACCAGUAGGAAGAUGAAGCUGUGGAAAUCACAUACUUUUCUAAUUUCAAGUCUUCCUGAAACAUGACUGAAAAAGGUGUAGCUCAACGGUUGCACUAAAGUCUGCAUUUUGUAUCAUAUGUACAACAGAAAUCUUUUUGUAGAGUUUACUUUUAUUAUUAAAUGUGUUGGGUUAUUAUAUUUAAAAGAAUGCAACACCCUCUGAAUUUCAUCUGCCAGUGGCUUUUUCUUCCUACCUCUUCUCCUAUCCCCAAAAAAGAGUAACUUGCAAGUUUUCAGUACAUGUAUAUGCUACACUGGAUAAAUUGAAUUUUAUAUUUGUUUGCACUUAGAUUUUCAUAGCAAUUCCUUCAACUGUUAUAAAAUAGCCUUUUGUUUUAUAGACCAAUGAUACAUAUAUGAUGUUCUGUUAAUUCUCUCUCUCUCACCCACCCAUAUACCCAGCCUCUUAUUGUAGGAAAACACUUUGUUUUCUGUCUUUUUUCUUUGUAAAUGUCCAAAAGCAGCAAUAUAUUAUCUGCUAUGAGCUCUUUGGCCUCGCAGAUAGUCCUGCAGAUCCAAGGUUUAUGGUUGUGAGUUAAUUCUCCUCAACCAAAACAAUUAUUUUUGAAAUCUAGUGGAACACUAGAGUAGCAGUUCCCCAACAUUUGGGUUGCAACAAUUGAGAAGUGACAGGAAUUUGGACCAUUAGGAUUCUAUCUUCCUAUAGUAGAUGCAUUGGGGUUUAGAAGAUUGAAAUGAAUGACAAAUUUGGAUCUGAGGUUUUCAGAUCUAUGGCCAGUAUAAGUGUGACUUUCUUAGUAUUUUAUCUGAUCACUGAAUAUUUCCUUUUCCAUGAGACAGUUCAUUGGAGUGAACAAUAGCAUUGUAGUAGUCUUCAGCCCCAGUGACUUUACUAGACCAACAAAUAAAUACUUUGGUUGGAGGCUUACGGGCCACUUUUAUUGCACAGUACUUCAGAUUAUAUUUGUGCAAGCAGGUCAGGAAUAAACUGUUUCUAAGGAAUUUCUUGUUACUUCAAAAAAUUUUUGAGUGGGUUUGUGCUAUUGUGGGAAAUGCACUACCCUACAAAACUGACAAGUUGUGAGAAAAAAAGCAUUUUCAAAACAAAGUGUAGACUACCAUCCAAUGUAGAAUUACAUGCCAUUAUGGGAUUUACGUAUCUAAUUUUAAAUUUGGCUGUAGGUGUAGCAUACAGUUAUAAUAAUGUGUAGGAAAUCUAUGCACAGUAGCAGAUGUUAAUGCAGAUUGAUAUCUGUGAGGAUUGAAAUGGGCCAUUCUCACUUGUCCUGUGCUGCCUUUCUCUUGCCAGGUUGCAUUAGUAGGCACAUUUUCAUGCUGCUUUAUCAAUAUGGUACAUUUCCAUGACCACAUAGAUCCUCUAUAUUUGACGUACAUUUGCAUAAAACAGCUCCUCACUGUAUGCAAAAACUUUGCACAGAGUUAUUGUAAUCCCAGUAUUAAACUUUGUUGGACUGGGUGUGAAUCAUGAGUCCUUGUUUUGCUGAAAACAAAAAUACGAUUGGAUUGGAUCGAGCCUAAAUUAAUAAGGCUUUAGUCCCAUUGUAAUCGAUGGAACUAUUCCUUUAUUUAUUUAGAAUUAAGGGUUGUUUUGUAUAUCAAGUUCUUAUGGUAAGCACUGACUAAUGAGGAUUUUUGAAAAAUGUUUUAAUAUGUUGACUCUUUCUUAGUUCUUAAUGCCUUUUGUUAAAAAAUACCAACUCGGGAAAUGAAUGGAAGAUUUUCAUCAAAUUGCUCUUAGCAUAAAUUCAUGGCCUCUCCUUCACUACUUUGACAUUUGUACAGUCCCCAAGAGUGCCUGGAAUUUUAAUGAAAAAAAAGCAAUAUAAAUUCCAAAAAUCAAAAUGGACAUAGAAGGGUAAUUUUUUUCUGCACUAAUAGUUUAAUCAAUAAGGUGGAGUGAUCUCUGGCUUGGCCAGCAAGUUCUGAGGAAAGAACUGUUAAAUACAUAAAUAUCUUUGCUUUCUAACAAGAUUUCCCAGCUAUUAAUUUCAAGAAGGUUUAAUUCAUUGCUGGAUCUUGUUAGAGUGCACACUGUAAGAUUAAACUUUCAAAGAAAAUGGAGACUGUAUUGUGUAUUGUGUAAAAAUACACCCUUACACAUGGACAAUCAAAUGACAGAAAACAUAAUUUUUAGAGCCAGGGAUUGAAUGCACUGUACAAUCUUUUCUGUUUUAUUCUUUUAUUUUAUUUUGCCUGAAGUGUGUGAUAGCACACCCAUGGCUGAAAAAAAAUAUUAAAAGGUGACUUUACAUGUGCUCUCUGUUUUUGCCACAAGUAAAAUGCAAAGCAUUGGUACAGUUUUGAAAAGGAAAGUGAGAGAAUCUGGGAAAGGCAAGAGGAAUUUGAGUUUGCAUUUUUACUUUAGCUUGCAAGUUACUGUUCUUGGUAAUGUUGUGUCUGUUCCUUUUGAUUUCUGAUUUCAUGUCAUUGUUUCAAAAAAUGUGAUCAGAUAAUAUAGGUAGAACAAAUCACAUUCAAAAGCUUUUUUAAAAAAACUUGAGAAUGAAAUGAAUUUUACAACUUUGUCAUUUAUUUUACAAUGCAUUUAUUUAUUUUUUAUUUGUGCCAUGCAUAUUUUUUUCUCACCAAAUGACCUUACUUGUAAUAAGUCUUGUUUGUCUCUGUUUACAGCUAUGUAUUUAUUGUAAUGUAUAUAGUGUAAUGUUAAUUGUAAAUUAUAAGUUCUUAUUAUAACAUCAUCCUUGCCAGGAUGGUGUUGCUAUAUUUGGAACUCUUGGUGAGAGAAUUAAUAUUGUGUAUACAUACUCCCCUUGUACAUUUUUCCCUUGUGUAAUAUAUUCUAUAUCACCUUAGAGCUUGUUUAUGGAAGAGUUGAGAAAAAUGAUAGAAUACAUAGAUAUAUAAAUUAAAAGCUGCAGGUCUUUGGUCCCAGGGCUGUGCCUUAACUUUAAACAAAAUUUUCUUCUGUUUUGCUGCAUUUGGAAGAAAGGUCGUAGCAAACAUGGGCUGGGUGUAUCUCUACUAUGCUUUUUUUAAAAUGGGACUUCAACUGUGUCCCAUCUAGGAAUGUUCUCUUUUCCACUAUUUAGAUCCACUGAAGCUGGGUUUUGGGAAGAAGGUUUUUUUUUUUUUUUUUUUUAAAAAGGCAAGAUGGCAAGAGACUGUGCAAUUGAAACUGCCAUCUUGCCUUUUUUGAGACACCAUGUGGAUGCCCCUGCCAGGCUCUGACCUCUUUUUGGAUAAAUGCCUUUUCUCUAAUGGAAUACACAUUCCCCUUCAAAGCUUUUCUUGAGGGAUUCUUCACCUUUCUUAGAGAAAGUAAAGGAAAAAAAAAUGUCGCCGCCACUUAAACAAAAAGAAUGAGCACUAAUCAAUGGCAGCUACUGCUUUCAAGCCCCACUGUAACAAGGAAGUUACUUCUGUCCAUACCAAGGCAAAUUCAUAUAGGCAGAUUAUACCCAUUAUCUUUAAUACAGUGGCUCUCUAGAUUAGACCUGUAUUGAUAUUGUGCUGUAAAACAGGACCUAUUCCCUUCUAUAAGGCUUUCAGGCAGCCAAAGCUUACUUCUGUAUGAAUGAAUGUGCAUCAUAUGAAUGCAUCAGGAACGUCUGUAGCUUUCCUACAUCAUUGAAACACUACCGUUUGUUUUAGGCAAAAUCAACAAUGGCCUGAAGUAUGUCUCGCUGCUGCUCUUGGACAUGAAGCUUUGUAGUUCAGAUACCUCAUCUCUAUUCUACCCGCACCCAGCCCAUGUAGCAUGUGAUUGCUUGGUGAAAGGAGAAAUUCUUUUUCAAGAAAAACAGAGCCGCCUCCUUGACACAAACUGUAGAUUUUAGCAGCCCUGGCCCAAAGGAAUACGAUUGCUUUUGUUUUUCACAAUAUAAAAGGGACACUAUUACAACAGAAUUCCUGAACAAUAUUUUAGUUGUUUUCAGUUGGUUUUGUUUCCUUUGGGUAUGUCUUUAGAGUGACAGAGUAUGCGAACAUUGCAAAUAAUUCAAUGAUUUCUUAGCCUCUCUUACAGCCUAUGGAAUAGUACUGUAUGUCAGAUACCUUCAUAUGAAAUUUUUAUAUGCAAUGGAAAUAAAAGCAUGGGUUGAUUCUGCCUA